AUGUCUUCAGAAUGGUCUGAAUAUACAAUUGGUGGGGUGAAGAUUAAUUUUCCUUGUAAAGCUUAUCCAUCACAGCUUGCUAUGAUGAAUUCUAUUGUCAGAGGACUAAACAGUAAGCAACAUUGUUUACUGGAAAGUCCCACAGGAAGUGGGAAAAGCUUAGCCUUACUUUGUUCUGCUUUAGCAUGGCAACAAUCUUUUAGCGACUCUCCUGAGAAAGCUACAUUGGCUGCAAAGCUGUCUGCCAAGAAACAGGCGUCCACAUACAGAGGUGAAAAUGAUGACUUUCAAGUGGAGAAGAAAAGAAUUAGACCCUUAGAAACUACACAACAGAUUAGAAAACGUCAUUGUUUUGAAAAGGAGGUACACCAUUUGGAUGCAACAGCUGCACCAGGAAAGACACAACUCAACUCUCCUUUAGGAAAGAUAAACUCUUUUUCUCCACAAAAGCCCCCUGGUCCUUGCUCUAGGUGCUGUUGCUCCACUAAGCAAGGAAACAAUCAAGAGUCUUCCAAUACCCUGAAAAAAGAACAUACUGGGAAAUCCAAGAUACCCAAAAUAUAUUUUGGUACACGCACACACAAGCAGAUUGCUCAGAUUACUAGAGAGCUCCGGAGGACUGCAUACUCAGGGGUCCCAAUGACUAUUCUUUCCAGCAGGGAUCAUACUUGUGUCCACCCUGAAGUAGUAGGUAACUUCAAUAGAAAAGAAAAGUGCAUGGAAUUGCGGGAUGGAAAAAAUGGAAAAUUCUGCUAUUUUUAUCAUGGUGUUCAUAAAAUGAAUGAUCAGAACAUAUUACAGUCUCUCCAAGGGAUGAACAAGGCUUGGGAUAUAGAAGAACUCAUCAGCUUGGGGAAAAAACUAAAAGCAUGUCCAUAUUACACAGCACGAGAACUAAUAAAAGAUGCUGACAUAAUAUUUUGUCCCUACAACUAUCUUCUAGAUGCACAAAUAAGGGAAAGUAUGGAUAUCAAUCUGAAAGAAGAGGUAGUCAUUUUAGAUGAAGCUCAUAACAUUGAAGAUUGUGCUCGGGAAUCAGCAAGUUACAGUAUAACAGCAGUUCAGCUUUGGUUUGCUCGAGAUGAGCUAGAUAUUAUGGUCAGCAAUAAUAUAAGGAAGAAAGACCAUGAACCCCUACGGGCUGUGUGCUAUAGCCUAAUUAAUUGGCUGGAAGCAAAUUCUAAACAUCUUGUAGAAAGAGGUUAUGAAUCAUCCUGUAAAAUAUGGAGUGGAAGUGAAAUGCUCACAAAUUUACAUGAAAUGGGCAUCACCACUGCUACUUUUCCCAUUUUGCAGGGACAUUUAGCUGCUGUUCUUCAAAAAGAAGAAAAAGUCUUACCAAUACAUGGUAGAGGAGAGUCAAGAGAAGUACCUAUUAUUAGUGCUUCUACUCAAAUAAUGCUUAAAGGACUUUUUAUGGUGCUUGACUACCUUUUUAGGCAAAAUAGCAGAUUUGCAGAUGAUUAUAAAAUUGCUAUUCAACAGACUUACUCUUGGAUAAAUCAGACUGACGUCUCAGAUAAAAAUGGAUUGUUGGCUCUACCAAAAUCUAAAAAACGUUUACGACAGAAAACUGCAGUUCAUGUGCUAAACUUCUGGUGCUUAAAUCCAGCUGUGGCUUUUUCAGAUAUUAAUGGCAAAGUUCGAACUAUUGUUUUAACAUCUGGCACAUUAUCACCAAUGAAAUCCUUUUCCUCAGAACUUGGAGUUACAUUUACUAUCCAACUAGAGGCUAAUCAUGUUAUUGAUACUUCACAGGUUUGGGUUGGCACCAUUGGGUCAGGCCCCAAGGGGCGGAAUCUCUGUGCUACCUUUCAGCACACAGAAACAUUUGAGUUCCAGGAUGAAGUGGGAGCACUUUUAUUAUCUGUGUGCCAGACUGUGAGCCAAGGAAUUUUGUGUUUCUUGCCAUCUUACAAGUUAUUAGAAAAGUUAAAAGAACGUUGGCUGUACACUGGCUUAUGGCAUAACCUGGAGUUGCUGAAAACAGUCAUUGUGGAACCACAAGGAGGAGAAAAAACUGAUUUUGAUGAAUUACUGCAGGUAUACUAUGAUGCAAUCAAGUUCAAAGGAGAAAAAGAUGGAGCUCUCCUGGUAGCAGUUUGUCGUGGUAAAGUGAGUGAGGGGAUGGAUUUCUCAGAUGACAAUGCCCGUGCUGUGAUAACAAUAGGAAUUCCUUUUCCAAGUGUGAAUGAUCUACAGGUUGAACUAAAGCGACAGUAUAAUGACCAUCAUUCAAAAUUAAGAGGUCUUUUACCAGGUCGUCAAUGGUAUGAAAUUCAAGCAUACAGGGCCUUGAACCAGGCCCUAGGUAGGUGUAUUCGGCACAGAAAUGAUUGGGGAGCUCUAAUUCUAGUGGAUGACCGCUUCAGGAGUAACCCAAAUCGAUAUAUAUCUGGCCUUUCAAAAUGGGUACGGCAGCAGAUUCAUCACCACUCCACCUUUGAAAGUGCGCUGGAGUCCUUGGCUGAAUUUUCCAAAAAGCAUCAAAAAGUCAUUGGUAUAUCCAAGGAGGACAGGAAGUCUGCACAGGACAGUGAGUCCACAUUUGAAGUGGCCUGUUCGAAAGACAUUACUUCUACUUACUUCUUAGAGGCAGCAAGUCAUCUCUCACCAGAAAAUCCUAGGGAAAAUGAAGCAAAACUGUACACCCAAGAACUACUUUGUCCUAAAAUGACUCCAUUUCUGGCAAGUGGCAUCAGCUCCAGAAAAGAGAAAAAUGAUCCAGUGUUCGUGGAAGAGUGUGCCAAGGCAGUGAAAGCAGAAAAAAUUGUAAUUUCCAGAUCUACAAGUCCAACCUUCGACAAACCAACAGAAAGAGUCAGCUGGUGUAGCUUUAAUUCUUCAGGACAGUAUCUGACUGGUAAAACUCUGACAGCAUUACCUCAGCACAGGCCAGCAGAAGAUGGUGCCUCUAGUUCUUCCACUUUCAAAGCAGAAAAGGGAUGUAAAACUGUUUUGUCACUCACCAAUAAAUGUGAGUUCUCAUCUCCUACAGUAAACACAUCAUUUGAACUGUGCCCUCAAUCAGAAACCAUUAUUCCAUCAAUAAAGACUGAUGCUACUCUUCUAAAAAAGAAUCAUUCAGAACAGCUGUUCUGUUGUGAAGAAGCCCUAAGCCCAGAUACUGAGUUGUCUCCCGUAAGUGAAGAGUCUCAAGUUUCUACUUCAAAUAGAGCUUUUGAAAGUGAAGCAGAAGAUGAAUCUAUUUAUUUCACACCUGAACUUUAUGAUCCCGUAGAAACAAAUGAGGAAGAAAGUCAACUAGUUGAAAUUGAUCAAGACAGUAGAUUAUCUAAUAAUUCAGACUGUAUUUUAGUUGAAGAUCUUUUUGAAAACAGAGCUAUGAAAGGAUUUAAUUCAGACAAAGAAGUAAAUGUUGAGGAUUGCACAGAUACAAAGUUGAAUAGAUUCAUGCAUAUUAAAGAAAGUAAAAUUGAUGACAUUAGUAGUAAUGUAGAAACAACUCAUAUGAAUGAAUUGGAACUGGGAAAAUCUCAGGAAACAGAUAUAAAGAACUUUAAACAGUCUCUUUGCUAA